GACAUGGAAAAGAAGAGAGUGGCAAUUAUUGGAGCUGGCUCCAGUGGACUUUGUAACAUCAAAUGCUGCUUGGAAGAAGGUCUGGAGCCUGUGUGCUUUGAAAGUAGUGAUGAUAUUGGGGGGCUCUGGAGGUUCAAGGAGAAUCCUGAGGAAGGCCGGGCUAGUAUUUACAAAUCUGUGAUCAUCAACACCUCCAAAGAGAUGAUGUGCUUCAGUGACUUCCCCAUCCCAGAUGACUUUCCCAACUACAUGCAUAACUCAAAGAUAAUGGACUAUUUCUGGCUGUACGCCGAACAGUUUGACCUUUUGAAAUAUAUUCGCUUCAAGACUAAGGUCUGCAGUGUAACAAAACGCUCAGACUUCUCUACGAGUGGUCAGUGGGAUGUUACCACCGAGUCAGAUGGGAAGCAGGAAUCAGCAGUCUUUGAUGCAAUUUUGGUCUGCACUGGCCACCACACCAAUGCACAUCUGCCACUGGACUCCUUCCCAGGGAUUACAACUUUCAAGGGCCGCUACUUACACAGUCGUGAUUACAAGAGUCCUGAUGAAUUUACAGGAAAAAGAGUAAUUGUGGUUGGCAUUGGGAACUCAGGGGUGGACCUUGCUGUGGAGAUAAGCCACACGGCGGAACAGGUUUUCCUCAGCACUCGCCGAGGAGCAUGGAUAUUUGGCCGUGUUGGUGAUGGAGGCUAUCCAUUUGAUGCUGUAUUCACUACUCGAUUUCAUUUACUGCUGAAGCAAUGUCUUCCUAUGUUCAAGAUUAAUCAGUUGAUAGAGCACAAAUUAAAUAGCAGAUUCAAUCAUUCCCAUUAUGGCUUGAAGCCUAAACACAGAGUUCACAGCCAGCAUCCAACCAUCAAUGAUGACCUCCCAAAUUGCAUCCUUUCAGGAAAAAUUGUCAUAAAGUCAAACAUCAUUGAGCUUACUGAUACUGCUGCCGUCUUUGAAGAUGGUUCUAAGGAAGAGGAUAUAGACUGUGUUAUCUUUGCUACAGGAUACAGUUUCUCAUUUCCUUUCCUUGAGAACUUUAUGAGGGUUACUGAAAAUCAGAUUUCCCUAUAUAAAUUUGUUUUCUGUCCUCAUCUGGAGAAACCCACACUGGCGAUCAUUGGUCUUGUGCAGCCAUUGGGGGCUAUCAUGCCCAUUGCAGAACUGCAAGCUCGCUGGGCUAUACGUGUCUUUAAGGGACUUGCUAAGCUGCCAUCAACAAGUGAGAUGAUAUCUGAUAUUAUUAUUAAUAAGUUCUCCAUGGCUAAAAGGUAUGUGAAAAGCCAACGCCACACCAUCCAAGUGGACUACAUAGACUAUAUGGAUGAACUGGCUUCUCUGAUUGGGGUCAAGCCCAGAAUAUGGUCCCGGUUUAUCACAGAUCCCAAGCUGGCCCGGGAGCUUGUCUUUGGGCCCUGUACGCCGUAUCAGUAUCGCCUGCAAGGACCAGGAAGAUGGGAUGGAGCCAGGAAAGCUAUCCUGACCCAGCAAGAACGGAUCUUGAAACCCUUGAGAACUAGGCCAGUUAACCAAUCAGACAAGAAUGCCUCGGUGCCCCUUUGGCUUAAGUUGGUUGGCCUUCUUGUUCUGUUUGCUGCAAUCUGGGCUUCUUUUUAAGUAGUAAAAAGUCCUAUCCUGUUAAUGCCAACCCCAAACUACCUAGAUACUGUUUUUUUGGUUUCUUGUUUGUGCCUUUAAUAACUCCCCUAUUAAGUCUGCACAUUUAUUUCCCUGUUAUCCUGCUAUUCAUGCAAGCCAGUUUUGCUAGAUGGGAAUGUAUUUUCUUCAAAUGUAAAGCAAAAUAAUCUGCCUAAGUAUAACCUAUAGGAAAUAUGUUGCUUGGAGCUUCUCUGGAAAUUUAACUUUGCCCUGCAAUGCAAUAGUUGUAAACAGACAGAUGCUGUAACUGUGACUAGUGGUUGAAUGGAAAGGACACCAACCAAGGAUCAGUUACAUGUAACGUAAAAGUCAUUUUUAAUGU